UUUAUUUAUUUAUAUUUUCAAAACUUAUUAUUUUUUGGUCAUUCCGGGUAUUCCGAGUAUUCCGGUUUGGGUUCCGAAUUCCGGGAUUCCCUGUUUUCCCACUUACCGUGUUCUCGGCACCUCGUCAGGAACACCGGAAAUUAUUUAUGAAGUCUAAUUAGUACUUAAAUAACGACACCGGAAGUUUUCGAACAAAGGAAAAACACGACAAAACGUGUACACCCUCAAUAACAAACGGCGCGGCUUUGUGUUUCGGAUCACGGUAAUUUUCAGCAAGUUCAGUUACAAUUGCAGGCGAAGCCUAAAAACGGUAGCUGUUUUUGAAGAAAACAGGUGGCAAAAACUUGAAAUGCGGAGAUUCUCAGCUUUAGUUUUCAGUUCCUGUCUGGCCCUGAGCCUCUGCUCUGUUCAGUCUGUUCCUUCACUGACCACUCAAUCGGACUCAGUUGUGAACAGAACGGAAAAUUGUCAAAAGUACACCACUUACGAGGAUUGUGUUAAAGAAGCGUCUAUGUUGGUUGGAAAAUGCCGGGGACAAUCAAAUCACUCACAGCUCACGACUGACAAUAACAAAAUUUGCAAUGAGUAUGAAAAACAGUUGAAAAGCCUAUGUUCCGCCAACUGUGCUAAAGCAUCUUGCCUCAAUUGUUUUGACAAAAUGGAAAAGAUCGUAGAGAGCUGCAAUUUUUUUUCCAAGAAAAUUAAGUGCGACCUCAAUGCCACAGCUCAAGAAUGUGAAAGAACAAAGACAUCUCUCACUAAGUACUGCAACAGCAACGAAUGUCAAGUCUGCAAAGAUCUCUACUGCCGCAACGGAGGCAAGUGCGCUGGACCAAAUACUACAUGGUGCACAUGCCCACCAGGAUACACUGGAGCGUUCUGUCAAAAGAGUAAUUGUGUGAAAAAGCCGUGUAAAAAUGGCGGUACAUGUAUUGGUGAAAACCUCUGUAAAUGUCCACCUCCUUAUUCUGGUGCUCAGUGUACCAGAAAAAGACUGGGAACCAAAGACAACCCGGCACCAAACGCACAAGCAGUUCUUGACGCCGGCGAUAGCAAGGGCAGCGGCAUGUACUGGAUCCAGCCCCCUGGUGAAACAGCCCCGGCUCAAACUUACUGUGACAUGAGUUUUGCUGGUGGAGCAUGGAUGCUAGCUAGUUAUGGUUACGUUCACACAACGGGAACAAACUCCAACAACAAGGCCAUUCCUAAUAUGAAUAAUCCCUUUGGUUACGCCUGGCUUCCCACACAACGCACCUACUCUCAUGGCGUGAUUAGUUUACCACACGGGGCGGUAAUGAUGGCAAAUAACGCUCGUUACAUGAUUAUGGCCGCGGGUAAUAACCCAGCCACGGGCGGUAUCAACCAAUAUGCAUACGUGUACCGUAUUUACCUAAAGAACAACCCUUACAAAAUAACAUUUGCAAAUCAUAACCGCUAUAAUGGCGGACAGCCGGGCCGUAUGCAUAUCGUUGAUUUUGUCGUUGAAGCGCUGAAAGGAGACAGAAGCACGUACGUGAGAUAUGCCCUGGGAGAGGCCCUGGGGGUAACAUGGAGCGACUCCUACCCAACCGGCUACGGUUUUUAUGACAAGACCACGCCUUACGCAAUUUUUGCUAAGGGUCCCUUUUUCCCAAGUGUCCAUUCGGGUUCGGGACGUAGCUCGUGCUCUGGAUGUACUCCUACCAAUUAUCAGCCUGAUGUGGUGGGUGGGAACCCUCAGUACACACAUAAAGGAUGGUACAGUGCUAACGGCGUGGAUAAAACUGGUCAAACCUCCAUUUGGUUUAAAUGAAAAGUUACUUUACUAAAGAAGAUGCCAUUCGGCGUAGAUAGUCUAUUGUACAAGUAUCUCCCUUGAGUCACUGCAUUUCACUCUUAGUCUCGAACUCUGUUACUUCAAAACCAAUUAUUGUGUUGCAGUUGUUUUCAAUGAGCGCCGUAAAACCAAAACCAAAGUAAUCACUCUGGCCAAUCACAAAGGACACAGACAAUAAAGU